AUGGUCGUCUACUCGUUUUACAUCUUCGAUCGGCACGCCGAAUGCAUCUACAAGCGCCGUUGGCUUCCGCGCCCGACCUCAAUCGUGGGGAAAUCCCGAUCGGAAGCCGCACCCACAGGCCUCGGCCAAACGGUUCGAUCGAGCGAUGAUGAUUCGAAGCUGGUCUUUGGAACGGUGUUCUCUCUGCGCAACAUGGUGCGCAAGCUGGGGGGUGAAGAGGACAACUUCGUGUCCUUUACCACCAGCCAAUACAAGCUGCACUAUUACGAGACACCGACGAAUACCAAGUUCGUAAUGUUGACGGAUCUCAAGAGUCCCAGCAUGCGCAUUGCACUGCAGCAAAUCUACAUCAAUUUGUUUGUGGAAUACGUUGUCAAAAACCCCCUCUCGCCGACCGAACACCCCGGCGGUGUAGGCGUGAACAACGAGCUCUUCGAAGAGUCCCUGGAGCAGUUCGUGGUACGUGCGGUUUAG